AUGGUGCAGAGGCGGCGGUUCGUGCCCUGGCUGCUGAGCGCCAUCGACAGCGGGACAUACCGCGGGCUGCGCUGGACUGACGCCACCCGCAGCGCCUUCCGCGUCCCCUGGAAGCACAACGCCAGGAAGGACAUCACCAGCAGCGACCUGGAGGUCUUCAAGGCCUGGGCACAGGUGAGUGGCAAGUAUGAGGAGUGCGCAGAGGACCCAGCCAAGUGGAAGACCAACUUCCGUUGUGCCCUGAGGAGCACCCACAUGUUCCACCUGGUGGAUGACAAUUCCAAGUGUGGUGAUGACCCACACAAGGUGUUUUCCAUUGUCUCAGGUAUCUGCCAGCAGAGCAGGGAGGGAGAUUCCAGCAGCCCUGACCCUGCAGUGGACCAGCAACCAGCACAACAGCAGCAGGAGCUCGCACGUGAUCCCCAAGAUGUGGCCUCAGGAAUCGCUCCCCCAGGCAGCACAGACCCCACACUGCCCCUGUCUCUGGAGGAGCUGCUGCAGCGGUGCAACAUCUCCCCCCCAUCCUCGACCCCAUCCUGGUUGCCUGCAGGGGACACCCUCCACCAAGAAGUCCUGCUCCAGCUUCACCAGGACACCCUACUCCAGCCUCAGGUGGACUGCUUGCCUCCCACGGCAUUACAAGAAUGGAUGCCCGUGGUGGAGCAGCCCACCUUGGGCACCUACACCGCCCCGAACCUCGUGCCGCCGGAGGAGCUAGCAGGGGCCAUGCCACUGCCAUGCCACCAGACAGAGGUCAUGGGCCCCAUGCCACCCCCAGGGGAGGUGAUGUUCCUCACUCCUGCUCCCAACCCUGUGCCACCUCCACCGCCGGAUCACAUGGGGGGGAACAUCUACACACUGGACAUCACCAUCUACUACCGGGGCAAGGAGUUCCACCGGGAGGUUGUUGAGGGUAGCCCUUGCCUGCUGACAUACCCAUCCUCCAACCCACGGGUGUACCAGUGGCCCAGGCAUGUGGUGCACUUCCCCAGCCCUGCCAGUGUGGCUGAUGGCAAGCAGCGACAUUACACCGAGAACCUGCUGCGCAGUGUGGGGCUGCAGCUGGAGCUACGUGACUUCAAGGUCUUUGCCACCCGCCUGCAGAAGUGCAAGGUAUUCUGGGCCCUGUCCCAGCAGCUUGAGGACCCUCCACACAACGUGCUCUGCCGGGACCAGGCAACCCCCAUCUUUGACUUCCAUGAAUUUUGCACAGAGCUAAGGGACUUCCGCAACGGCCAAAGGCGCCGGUCCCCUGACUUCACCAUCUACCUCUGCUUUGGGCAGUGCUUCUCCAAGGCCAAACCUAAGGACACCAAGCUCAUCCUGGUCAAGCUGGUGCCCAAGUUCUGCGAGUCCUGGCAUCAGCAGGUGCUGCAGGAGGGAGCCUCCUCCCUCGACAGCGGCACCAUGAGCCUGCAGCUCUCGGACUCCUUCAGCCUCUACGAGCUCAUCGAGCAGUACAACAUGGAGCUGGACUGA